AUGGCUGCGGAGGCUGCCGGCGACGAGGCUGCCCCCGCACCCAAGACUGCGCUCACCUUCCUGGACUUGCCACCCGAGACCCAACUAGAGAUCCUGUCCCAUUGCUCCCAAUCCGAUCUCAUCUGCGUCGCACUCGUCUCGAAGCACUUCCACGAGCUCGCCUCCGCCCAUCUGUACCGCAGCUUCAACAUCCUCUUCCCCGAUGAAGAUGACCUGAGGUUCGAAUGUCCCAUUGACGGCCUCGCUGGUGGCCUCGAUGCCUUCACCACGAGCGAUUAUAACUAUGCCAAACAUCUCAAGGAACUGUCCAUGGACACUGUGAGCACAGGCGCUAAGGCCGAGCAUGCUUACAAGCCAUACUUGUACAGCGCUAGUUGCGGCAAGUUCUUGAAUACUCUGUUGUUCUUGACCAUCAAGAAGGCCAAGUCUCUCGAGAUUUUCCGCUGGCGAGUCUUACUAUACUACUCCCCCCCUCUACCACUGGUGCUUGAUGAUGCGCCGGCUCCGACUCACUGGUCCGACCUCCCGCCACCGCCCCCAGUCUUCCCGGUUCCUAUUGGGAACACGAUCCCAACCACCGUUUCGAGCGGGCCUUCACAUACUCUUCUACCGACGUCCAAGUCCAAGACCAAGGUUGGGAAGCGCACUCCUGUGUUGAUACGGGAACCCCCAACACUCUCAGGCUUCAAGAAACUAAAAACUCUCUCUGUCCUCGACAUCGACAGUCUGGACGUGGUAACUGAGCUCAAGACAUGUGUUCGCAACUCAUCAGCCACCUUGAACGAACUACACCUAUCUCUGUCCGACUCUUUAGCAUUACAGGCCCGUCGACCACCGCCAGACUCCGAUCCGGAUGAUUCGGACGUGGAUGAUGAGUUUCAAGUCGUCCCAGCCUCCCAAGGCUCUAACUUUGAAGCGAGCGGGUCUUCAAAGACCUUCCGUUCGCAAGAAGAGCGCAAACUCCAAGAGUCUGUCUUGGGGAGGAUCUUUGAUGUCGAGCCAUUCAUCGUCAAGAAGUCACAGUUUCAGAAGAACCCUCGAGAUGCCGCGAGUAGCAACGACAAAAGAGAGGACUCUGAACAUGACGAGACGGCAGAUCCCCGGGAAGAAUUCAUCUCAUCGAUGAGAGGUGUUUCCUCCAAACUGAUGUCUCUCAGCAACGGCUCGCGAGACUUCUCUACUGAACAACAGGAUAUCCUUGACACAAUCGAAAAGGCGGCCAGAAAGUACAUCGAAUCAGACAGCCUUCCGGCCAAAGUCUCAGAUGAUGCAUCCCCUGCGGCAACCAAGGACAGUGAAGGUUCUAAAAAGGAUGAGACCAGCAAGAAUCUUCAGUUGGAAAAUAAGGAUUCUUCAAGUUCGACAGCCUCCAGCAGCCGGCCCAAGGGCAAGAAUGUUGAAGGCGAGGUGUCCCCCGAGGAUAUCGAAAUUGAGCAUUUGGAUGUGGUGGACGACGCAGACGACGAUUCUGAUGGUCAGGCUGCAAAGGACGUUGACGAGAAGUCUCGGGAGUUAGCGUCAGCAAUUAACAGUUCCGGAGCACCUGGGUCCAGCUCAAGUACCGGAAUGAACCGCGCUAUCACAAAUUUGGCAGCCCAGUUGACAAACACAGAAACGCUUUCAGCGAAGCUCGGUCACUUUCAGAAGCAAGCGGAUGACCUCGGCCAGAAACUUAAGGGCAUGUCUACUGAGGACACUGACGCUACUAUUGUCCAGGUCAACGAAGCAGAAUCCCAGCUUAAGGAACUUCUUCUGUCUAUCGUCGACAUCCAACAGCAAAUCAAGACAGCAGAGGCCGAAAUUUUGGAUGCAACAAGGCAGCUACCAACUCAUCCCAAGGAGGCCAGUGCUGAACAAAACCGACGGUCCAUGGAAGACUACAUCCGAGAUACUCGCGGGGUUUCGCUGGAGACUUUGAGCAUCCAUCUAAUUCCUGUCAAAGCAUCCGUGUUGUCGAGGGCUAUGGACUUGCGUUGCAUCAAGAAUCUCACACUCCUCAACGUCGGCAAUCAAGCCCCUAUUUGGACGUUGUUGGCUAAGGAGAACAAGGUCCACCCGUUGGCUCUGCGCAGUGUCUUCACCGACAAUGUGUCUACUGCGUUCCUAACCUGCAUGUCGCAACUAGAGGAGUUGCAUGAACUAUUUAUGCUCGAACGCAGCUCAAAGUACAAGCCAGAGAGCUUUGCCCCUAAAGCUACAAUCACAAUUGAUCAAAUCCGUCGGCUUGUCCUCAAGAAGCACAUGAUGACUUUGAAGCGGUUGAUGAUCAAAGAUGAGUCAAAUGGUUCCAAUUGGGAUGUGAACCAAAAGGCCAUGAUUCUCAUAUGUAACCGGGGAACUCAGCUCGAAGAAUUGGCUAUCAGUAUGAACAUCCACGCUGUGCAUGCUUUUAUGCAAUACUUCUCCGGGUUGGUGAAUCUGCGAGCGAUCCACAUUCUUCAUUUCAGAAACAACGACACAUGCAUAUGGGUCAUGCGCGAGAUUCUGAAUUUCAUCGUUGACAACCUCUCCCACCAUCCUGAGCUUAAGCUUGAGUGGAUCGCUAUGGAAGAUGACCGGCUAGAUCGUGUCAUUCGACCUUCGGAGACGGCCAAGAAGGGAGAGGAGGAGUCGAAGAGGAGAGACAAGGGCAAGGGAAAGGCUAUCCUUGGUCCCAUCCACAACAAUGAUGAUCUUCCGGUGCUUCCAAUGAGCGACUGGGGCUCGGAUACUGACAGCGAUGAGGACGACGAUGAUGCGUUUCACUGCGGGAAACGGCUUCGUCUCAAGACUGUGGGAGUGCUGCAGUUCUACGAUGUUUGGGGCGUCAAGAUCUUUGACAAGGAGAUUCGAACUGGGCGACUUUGA